UAUUGGUGCACAAAAGAAUGAGAAAAAACCAAUAGAGAAAAUAACAGCAAAAGUAGCCUUUCUACAAAGCUUAUCUGAGAGGCAGAGAGAGAGAGAGAGUAAUAACAAUGGGGGAGGAAGAAAAGAAAACAGAGGAAUCGAAAACAGAAGAAAAAAGCAAGGCGGAGGAAAAACAAGAGGAAGGUGGUGGUCCUCCGCCACCAGCGGCGGAGAUUGUGCUGAAAGUGUUCAUGCAUUGUGAAGCUUGUGCUCGAAAGGUUCGUUGGUCGUUGAAAGAUUUCCCAGGGGUUGAAGACGUGAUAACGGAUUGCAAAUCUCAUCAGGUGGUUGUUAAAGGUGAGAAGGCAGAUCCAUUAAAGGUUUUGGAGAGAGUUCAGAAGAAGAAUCGUAGAAAAGUUGAGCUUCUUUCUCCGAUCCCAGAUACUCCUCAGGUGGAAAAACCCUCACAGGAAGUGAACCCUCCGGAGAAAGAGAAGAAAGAAGAGAACUUUUCUUGUUUGCAGCCAUUAACUGUUGUUCUGAAAGUUCACAUGCACUGUGAAGCUUGUGCGCAUGAGAUCAAAAAACGCAUCCAGAGAAUGAAAGGAGUGGAAUUGGCAGAAGCAGAUUUGAAAAAGUCAGAGGUAACGGUGAAAGGGGUGUACGAUCCAGCAAUGUUGGUUGAAUACGUUUACAAGCGAAUUGGGAAGCAUGCAGUGAUAAUGAAGGAAGAGAAAACAGUAGGGGAAGGUGCAGCAAAAGAGGAAGAAGGUGAAAGCAAAGAAAAAGAAAAGAAAGAGGAAAAUAUAGAAGAGAUGAAAAGAAUGGAAUAUUACUUUCAUAAUCCAUCAAUGGAUAUUAUGUAUGCAUACCCUUCUGCUAACUAUUAUCAAACAUACCCGCCUCCACCUCCACCUCAGCUUUUCAGUGAUGAGAAUCCAAAUGCUUGCACUCUCAUGUAAAAUUAUAUUACUCCUUCCCUUUCUUUUCAUUUACCCUCGUCUUCUAUUUAUUAUACAAAACUUAAUAAUAAUAAUAAUAAUAUACUUUUUCGAUUCGAUUAGCGGCUUCU